AUGGUUUUUAAACCAUUCACCCAUCUCGCGCGCCAGAACUUCGCAAAAGCCUUCACCCAUGGCUAUGCUCAGUCGGUAGUUGCCGCAUCCCAAUCCACUUACUCGACUCCCUCCACCUCGCUCAACCAGCUUGCAACCCACUCCCUAAAAUAUUCUCGCACCACCCAACUCCAGAAUGCCUUCCAGAACACAUCCAGCUCAUCCGGUGCCGGUGCCAAGGCCAGCCAGUCGACCUCGGGCUCAGGCGACUCCGGCUUAGCGGCCUACUAUGCCGCCUGGCAACAUGCCCAGCAAACAGGCGACGACAGUGACUGGAGACAAUUCCAAUUCAAGCGCCGUAUCGGUUGGAAAUCAAAGGAUGAAACACCCGACAAGACUAAGGAUCAGCACGACGAUGAAUUCGCACACGAUGGCAUACGUGAUUUAAAAAAGGCUGCCGUCAAUGUCGACGUGAGUGCCAAGGUUGAAGAAGCCGUUGCACGCGAGAUUCAGAUUCAAGAAGAGAACGCCGAAGCGGAGGAAAGUGCCCAGGAGGCUUCACGCGACGAGAAUUCUGCCAUUGUAGAUGGCGAUGCGGAACAGCCUGUCGACGCACUCGCAGAGAAGUCUCAUUCUGCUUCCACUAAGGUAGUCCAGCUGGCAAUUGCAGAGAAAUAUGGGGAGAUACCGGCUGCUUUUGAGGAUCUUAUCAGAGACGGCCUCACUCCAUCCGUGGAGGCAUACAAUGCAUUGCUAGUUGCUGCUAUCAAGUUACAUACUGAUUCAGCUCAGGCUGUGCCCAAGGCCCUCGAUGUCUACUCAGAUAUGCUUCGCCGACGUGUGAUGCCAAAUAAAGAGACAUACAAGACAUUAAUUGCACUUUUGGUCUCGCGAGCUAUCGAAACUUCUGCCGCGAAGGUAACCCUGGAGCAGCAGCGUACACGAUUCGGCGGCUUGGAGGAACCAGGCAAAUUCCUGUUUCGCUCGAGCGAAUUGGAGAGGGAGCUAGUAGCAGAAGACCACUCGCUGAGCAUUGCCAUCAAGCUUUUUGAUGCUGCAGUCAGUCGCCAUGAAGAAAUGGUUUUCCCGAUUGAAGUUUACAAAUCGCUCAUCACCAGCUGUGCUGAGGAAGGAAAUGUUGAGGACAUGAUUAGGAUUUAUGCUCACAUCGAAUCUCAGAAGCUUGUCCCUCAUGCAGCCAUCUUCCCGUCGAUGAUCCGCGCCUUUGCCAGUAUUGGCGAUUUGAAGAGCGCCGUUGAGUGCUACAAUGAAUACCGUGAACUGGCAGUUGCUGAUGACAAGGGUAUCUUCAGCAUUGUAGAGCGUCGCGAUGGUGAUGUCUAUGCCGCCUUGGUUGGUGCCUACUUAUCUUGCGGCAAAAAGGAAGGCGGUAUGCGUUUCCUUGACCGUAUUCGCGGCUCUUUCGCAGAUGCCAAGGAGGAUCGUGAGUCUCGUUUAGAGGCAGUGGAGUCAAUUAUUGUCCGCAACGCUCUUGUCCAAGACUCUCUCGAUGCUGGAAAUUUUGCGCAAGCAAUUGAACAAGCUACUUCUCAGCUUCAGGGGGCUGCUUUCCAGCGAGCCAUGGCAGACAUCUGCGUCGCUGCCGCGGACGCGGGCAAUGUGGCUGUUGCAUCUCAGUCAUACGAUCAUCUGAUUGCGGAGUCAGCGGAUGCCAUUCGCUCCGUUGUUCCGAUGUUGGCGCUGCACAUUAGACAAGGCAAUGUCUUGGCUGCAAGGGCAUUCUGGGCUACUCUGACCAAUCUAGAUCAGGCAACCUCGGACUUAGUCCAGCCGACUACCAUGUACGUCGUUGCUCUCCUCAAGAGCGGCCAUGUUGAAGAGGGUUUGAUGGAAGCACGCAAAAUGUUCAACCGCAUUCGGAAUGACGCCCCUGCUCAGCAGCUACUUCAAGCUCCUGUCCGAGAAGAAAUUGACGAAGCCAUCGACCUUCUUGGUCGCGUGCUCAUCAUGCAGUCCGGCAUGAUCAUCUCGUCCUCCGCUGCUAUUACUCUCAUCCGGUCAAUGGUUGAGAAUGGUGGCUUGGUUUCCCCCAUUGCUGAACAUACUGUCGCUAGCCUCGGCCCAAUGGGUAUUUCUCAGCUCAGUGUGGAUGAUCUUACGCUCGCUCUUCAAGUCCAAUCCGGAAUGAUUGUCAACAGUAGUGUUCUGGACGCUCCUCAUUUGGUCCGCUUCGCCCACAUGGUUGAUGUUGUUUUGUCCACUGGAGUCCCUAUGGAUGCCUUCACCACACGACUCGUCGAUCAGGCCAUCCUGAAGCUUUCUGACAGCCGACCAGAGCUGGUACGCAGAUGGCAAAAUUACUUCGCCCCCAGUCCAAGCAAGCAAUCACUACCAUCAUCCAGCCCCUACACAUCGGUAUCCGAAGCUUCGCAGAUGAAUUCCUCAGCUACUAGCGUGGAAGACAAUUACGAUCCUUAUGCUUACUCGACUGAUUAUCGGGGCUCUGCCAUCAUUGCGGACGAGCUCGAAUCUUCCAGCGGCCGAGGCAUGUCUCAGCUGAACGGGGCUUUGACUAAACUGCGCAACAUCCGUCGUCUCGGUCGUCAUCCACGCUAUAUCACUUAUGCCAAGCUUAUCAAUGCUGCAGCGAAAGGCGGUCGUACGGACUUGACUCGCGAUAUUCUAGCAAUGGCUCGGAGCGACGUUCCUCUCUUGCCUCAAUACAGUGUUGUUAGAUACGGCUGGGUUUCAAUUCUGGAUGCCAUGGUCGCGGCAUCCCUGACGCUUGGCGACCGCAACCUAGCUGCCAAGUAUCAUCAAGAAUUGUUGGAUAUUGGAUCAGCCCCAUCUGCUAACACAUUCGGUCUCUACAUUACCACAUUGAAAGAAUCCACCAAAACUUUCGAUGAAGCAACCGAAGCUGUCAAGAUCUUCCACCGUGCAAAUGCAGAGGGUGUUGAGCCAACUUCUUUCUUGUACAACGCCUUGAUCGGCAAGCUUGGAAAGGCCCGUCGCAUUGAUGACUGCCUCUUCUACUUUGCGGAAAUGCGUGCCAAUGGGGUUCGCCCAACCAGUGUAACUUAUGGGACCGUCGUCAAUGCUCUCUGCCGAGUCAGUGACGAACGUUUUGCUGAGGAAAUGUUUGACGAAAUGGAAUCCAUGCCCAACUACAAACCACGCCCAGCUCCAUACAAUUCGAUGAUCCAAUAUUUCCUCAACACUAAGCGCGAUCGUAGCAAAGUCCUUGCUUACUACGAACGUAUGCGCGCACGGAACAUCGAGCCAACAAUGCACACGUACAAGCUGCUUAUUGACGCCCAUGCCUCCUUGGAGCCAGUUAACAUGGAUGCUGCGGAGCAGGUUCUUAAGACUAUCAAGGCCUCCGGUCAGCGCCCUGAAGCCGUUCACUACGCCUCACUGAUCCACGCCAAAGGCUGUGUCCUCCGCGAUAUGGACGGUGCUCGUGCCAUCUUCGACAGCGUCAUCUCAAACAACCACGUGCGUGUUCAGCCGUGUCUGUACCAGGCUCUCCUCGAAUCCAUGGUCGUCAAUCAGCAAGUUUCAUCUACCAGUGCCAUAGUCCAAGACAUGGAAAACCGAGGCGUUGAGAUGACCCCCUACAUUGCUAACACACUCAUCAAUGGCUGGGCCGCUGAAGGCAACAUUUUCAAGGCCCGCAGCAUCUACGAUAGCAUCGGCACAGACAAGCGCGAACCAAGCACCUACGAAGCCAUGACCCGCGCCUUCAUCGCUGCUGAAAGCCGCUCGAAUGCUGUAGAAGUCGUUCAGGAGAUGGUAUCACGUGGCUACCCAUCGGCUGUCUCCGGCAAGGUUGUGGAAUUAAUCGGUGGUGUCACCGCCUGA